AUCGUUCCGGUUAUUGUCAGUUCGGGCAGCUCGGCAUACGGAGAGGACCGCAUCUCGAAGCGCAGUGAGCUGCCUAAAACAGACUAACGCUAUCGCUUGGUAUUUAGAUGAGAGGAACAACGCAGAGGAAUGUUUAGAACUUGUUUUGUCACCUCAAUUGGAAAUCCGAGUCUGUAACCGGAAAGACAGAGGUUUCUGAUCGGCACCAGCCCAGGCAUCGCCAGAGAAAGUGUAAAAGACGUAAAGAGCUUCAUCGCCGGGAUUUAAUUGUACCUAUUCAUUUAUUUCCAACAACUGCGUUUGUUUCAAAGCCAAAGCUUUGGAAUCUGUAUGGUUACUCGGUGCCAUAGACUGCGUUGAAACGUUUAGUCUACUUUGACAAAUCCAGAUUGAUUAGACUAAACAGGCGAAACACUUUGCCUAUAGCCUAAACUAUAUCAAUUAUUUUGGAUUGACAAUUCUGUUUUGUGACAAGGCUUUUUGGAGAUAUUAUCCAGGAAACGAGAAGAAAGAUCACGAAAGCGGAUAAUUUUGACAGGCUACUUUGUUUCGCAGGGCGAAAGGUUGAGUAUGCUAUGCGUUAGGUGAAACCACCGUUUAACUGGAGAGAUUGACACGCAACGCUCCUGGAUUUGCUGACCUGUUUAUUUUAAUACACUGUCGUCCAGUCCAGGAAACGAAACGUAUCAGUUACGAUAUUGCUCCUUGACAGAAAGAGCAAUCAUCUUAACUAUUUGGGUUUUCCCGUUUGGAAUCCGAUUCACUCUCUGAAUGCUCAUGGCACUGAAAGGGGCAGAAUAAACUGUAUUGCUGAUCAACGACGAGUGGUUUUGUGGUUUUGGAGAGUGGGAUGAAACGUUUUUGAUUACUCUCUGGACGGCAACGCUCUGAAGCAGACUGCUCAGCGCCAGUUAACCUGCAUGGGAUUCUAGUCUUCAAUACGAAACAAUUUAUGGUUGGCCUUGGCAGUCCUCCGGCUGUAGUUGUCUCCCCACCCCCCCACCAUGCUGGCCUGCCUGCAGAGGAGGCAGAACCCUCCCAUCCCAUCCUCCCAGCACCCCCUGUGUGCUAGCAAGGCCCUGGAGCCGCCUCAAGCCCUCAGCCGAAAAUGUGAGAUGGUGGUUCCCAUGCAUUCUCCCCGCUACCCCAGCGUGGCUGAGCUGGAUGCCUACGCCCAGAAGACGCAAAGCAGCCCACUCUCCAUCAAGAUCUUCCCCACCAACAUCAGAGUCCCCCAGCACAAGCACCUUAACCGGACUGUGAACGGCUUUGACACCACAGGUAGCCAGCGCUACAGCCCCUACCCACACCUCCAUACCGGCGGCUACACAGGCCUCCUGGCCAUUGUCAAGGUCUCUUCCCCCUUCGCCCCCACUAAGGGCGUCCUCAAGAACUCGGAAGGCAGGCGAACUAAGCUCUCCCCAGCCCAAAUAGCUGUCGCCCCGUACCCUCCCCCUAGCAGUAGUACUUUAGCCAAUGGCCACUGCCGGAUGGUGUACCACACUGGACCCUCGAAGCCCCCCGAGGCCCCUGGUCUCUCCCUCUCGGUGCCCCCUAAUGUCACUGUGGCCGGCUCUGGGAUCCCUGUGACAGGGGGACGAGGCCUGGUCCAGUUACCCCCACAGUCCAACCUCCCUUCCAUCCAGAGCAUCAUCUAUCAAAUCAACCAGCACUGCCAGGCCCAGGCUCUGCAGCAGGUGUGCCAGGGUGCAAACUCAUCCACCGCACCCUCUACCAACCCCAGCCCCUCCAAGCAGGGUGCGGGGGUUAUCAUGGGUGUAUCCUCCUGCUCCUCGGGAGGUGGCUACGUGGGUGGCAUGGCGCCCCAGCCUAACCUGGUGUACACAGGGGCAGGGCUGCCACUGGCGGUGCACAGUGGCGAGGCCAUGAAGGCCGGGAUGUACUCGGACAGCAUGGACUACAUCCUGUGGCAGAAACAGCAACAGCAGCAGCAGGCUGUGCUUCGCAUGUACAGUGGGGGCAGCGGGGGAGGAGGGGCCAUCAGUAAGUCCCCUGAAAGCUGUGGUGCCCCGGGGGGUGCAGGGAUCAUGGCCCAGGCGCAGGUGUCGUCAUCCUCCUCCUCCAGACCCUACCAUCUGACAGGGGGAAGUGGAGGGGGUGGGGGGUGCCUGGACAAGGUCAGCUCCUCCCCUCUGAACUGCAUGGGGAUGCAUGGGAACUUCUCGGUGGGCCAGUACUUUGCCCCACCCUGGAACAGCGUGCUGGUCACCCCCGACAGUGACUGUUACAACCCGCACCAGGAGCUCCUGGGGACCACCACCCGAGGGCCAGCCACAGGGGGGCACAGGGAGAUGGGCUACCCCCACCACCAUCAUCCCCACCAUCACCACCACCACCAUCAUCACCACCACCCCGCAAUAGACAGCGGGAGCGGGGGAUGCCUGUGCUGCAGCUUGCCCAGUAAGAGCCAGCUGUGCAACACAUCGGUGCUGAGCAGCAGCCUGCAGUCUCUGGAGUACCUGAUCAACGACGUCCACCCGCCCUGCAUCAAAGAGCAGAUGCUGGGCAAAGGCUACGAGACUGUGUCGGUGCCACGGCUGUUGGACCACCAGCACGCGCACAUCCGCCUCCCAGUUUACAGAUAGAGCGUGGUGGGAUGAGGGCGAGAGCCAGGGGACAAGAAUGAAUGAAUGAUGCGAAAUCUGGAUCAAAAGCUGAUGGACAGAGAAGAAGACCUUGAUUUCCUGGGGACGUAUAGGCCUGUUGAGACUGGCACUGCUUGAAGCAGCUCGGGGGCUCCACGGAGGGAAGCGAUGGUGUUAGAGUGGAUCUUGUAUUGGGUGACGGGCUGGGGGGUUUCUCCCUCCCAGCCCAGAGUGUUUUUUUUUUGUCAGUCAGGGAGAAAAAGGGUUUCAGUGGUUUUGGGUGCCCUGACAGAAGAUUCUCCAGAUGUCCCAUAGUGUGGUUUGCCAACAGGAAUUUGGGGGUGAUUUUAUUUGUAUUUGUUCCUUUCUUGUUUUGUUGUUGAUGUUGUUUUGAAUUGAUUCAACUUUUUUUGGUGAGAAUUCUAGUUUGAUAUGAAAGUGCAUACAGCCACCCCUGUUGUUCCCCCAUCCAAAUACAAAAAGCAACCGGGGUGCUAUAGUCACAAAGAAGGCCCCAAAGGGCCAAAGUGUAGGGCUGCUUUCUAAAGUCCCUAAAGAAAUACAUCAUACUCGCACAUAUUUUCAUACAUACACAUGCACACACUCAAAAAUUCAUACACACAUACACAAACACAGACGUGUAUACACAAACGUCACAAUGUUGAAUGAAAAAUAUAUGACAAUAUUAGUAAUUAUUGUUGUUAUAAUUGAUCCCUUAAAUUGCACUGCUUGGAGUUUAAAAACGUUGUUAACUUUGGAGUUUGGAAUUGGGUAGUUUGGAUAUGAUAUAUUUAAGAAACUUGAAAACUUGAACCUAUUUUUGUUGUUUUCUAUAUUUGUAGGUAUAUUAUAUGCAUAGGCUGCUAUGGGGAAAAAGUGUCUCAAAAUGCUUUUUUAUUGUUUCUUGUUAUUCCUCCUCAAGCUGACGUGCAGUUUCUGAUGUCCUGGUAUAAGGCAUAGUCGCUGCUCUGGUUCUGUAACCUAGCCAGAGAGCUAUCUUCUCUAAACAACACUGGAAUCUACAGUACAUCUUGAAAACACUUACUAAAAAGAAAAUGUUGCAACAAAAAAAAAGUUUUUUUUUUUCUUCUCACUAUUGAAGAUUGUUACUGUAUGAUUGGGAGGUUUUCCAGCAUGACCUCUUGUGUGUGGUUUAGUUAUACAUCUUUUAAUAUAUUUAUUUUAAUAUAUUCCUUUUAAUCCCUAGAUUUGUGUCCCCUAAACUCACCCAUCCCCCCCCAAAACAAAGAAACCCCAGUUUAGGAAUCUGAAAAUGAGGCUGAAUCAGCUUUUUGCUAUGGGAGGCUUUUGACUUCGUUCCGUUAUAGUGCUAUUCCUGUCACGCCUCCCUUUUAUAAGUAUGGUAGAAGUGGGAUAUCCCUUUCACUUUUUGGCACUAUCAUAUAGGAGGAGUGAGAGCUGGGACCAAAGGGGAGUCUUGAUGUGAAACAAUCAUGCCCUGUUCUCUCGGGUGAUGUGAGAUGAGACAAGGUACACUGCUUUUUCCUGGUCCGUUUCAGCCCAUGGUUGAAACGCGUUGAGCCCGAGUCAUUCGUUGACUUUAGGAUUCAGAACAUUGAAAUAUUUAUUAUGACUGUGAGUUUCCCUUGAAUGUACUGCACUUAAAUUACUGAAAUGUCUAAUGCCUUGGCUUGAGGGACUCGAGUGAAAAUAUUUGAAAAAAAUUAUAAUAAUUGAUCAGUGCAGCAGUCCUAUGGUCAUAAAUUAGCAUUUCCUUGGUCAGUCAAAUUUCACUGGUAAAUUGAAUUUAUUAACUGGAGAGAGCGCUGAGGCUUUGUCACGUGGAAAUGCUGGCAACAGUGGAUAUUUAUGAAGUGCAAUUAUUAUGACUGUAUUAACAUUUUUCUCUGAGCUUACACCAAAAAAUGUAAACUACAGUUGUAAAUACAUUCCCAAUGUACCACGUGCCCGAUCCCCAUACUUUUCUGUUUUGAGGUGUAAAAUAAAUCUUAUUUAAGAAUA